UUACGUUUGAAAACCACAAUGGCUGCCAAAGUGAUUCUCUAAAUACGGCGUAUGAAAGCCAGUCGAGGUUUGACGUCGUUAAUGGGUUCUGUUUACAAUUUUCAGCGUUUUAUCUGAAACGCAUCGACUGAGUCCGGUCUUCGACCAUUACCUUAGAACACAUUUAAAGGUAGCUUUGCUUUAUUGAUGCAGGUUAUUGAGCAUCCUGUUGAGAAACUGCACACUGCUCUGUUGUCCACCCGGAAAGAUCUAAUAGAAACAUACCAACAGUUUAGCAGACCAGAGAAGACACUUUUAGAAGAAGGACUCGUGCCCGGCAAUUCACUUUUCAAGCCCAUCACCAUUAACUCAGAUUCAGAUUGGAUUCCUGCACAUCCAGAGGACCCUCAAGACUUCCAGAGUUUUUACGUCAACCCUUACCGCCGUUCUCCAAGCAGUGGCCACAAUACCAUCUACAUUCAAACUAUUGGCUCUUUUGGGGAAGGAGCGCUUGUGGCAGAGCAGUAUGUUGAAUGGCUGAAGGACUACUGCCAGGCAUUUUAUUAUGGACUAGUGGUCAAGCUUUUGCCACCAGUAACGGUCGCUUCAACAGCCUGUUCAUUUCGCGUCAAUGCCAACACACACAACCUUCAGCUUCAUGCUGGAGAGCUGUUGAACUUCUUAAAAAAGAAGAAGCCCAGAGAUGCUUUUUGCAUUGUGGGGAUCACCAUGAUUGACUUGUACCCCAGAGAUUCGUGGAAUUUUGUUUUUGGUCAGGCUUCUCUCACUGAAGGAAUGGGAGUAUUCAGUUUUGCCCGAUAUGAUGAUCAUUUUUACCAGAGAAGCUAUGCAGGACGACUGAAGAAGAAAAUAAAACUGAAGCAAGGAGACUAUUCAGUGUUUGAGGAUUACUACACUCCUCCAGUCACUAGCACUCUCCUCCUCCGCUCCUGCAAGACCCUGACGCAUGAGAUUGGCCAUAUAUUCGGUGUGAAGCACUGCCAGUGGCUAAACUGUGUCAUGCAAGGCUCCAAUCACUUAGAAGAGUCUGACCGUCGACCACUUGACCUCUGCCCCAUCUGUUUACGUAAACUACAGUCUGCCAUUGGGUUCAAAAUAGCAGACAGAUAUAAGGCCUUGCUGCAUUGGCUUGAAGAUGGACAGCAUUCGAAACCCACACAAGCCUUCCAAGACUAUAAACACUGGUUGUAUAAGUGCUUACGAAUAUUGGAGGGUGAAACAUCAUGAGCCAGCCAGCGUGAUCUUUUGCUCCUUC